UUGUCGRGUACAUAGCGAGUCAUUUCAUCCCCUUCUUGUAGUAAGAUCUCGGUUUAAGCCCACAAGUUAAUCUUAACAUCACUGUCUUGAUCUCUUUGUGGGUUAUCGUGACGUAAUGAGUGGUAUUUCAGAGGAUCAGUUGGGAUUAGUACUUGAUUCUCCUUUGGCCGACCAAGAUGGGCCAUCGGCCUUCGCAAGGUUUCCGCAGCUCGAAAAGAUGAGCGUCGAACUKCGUCUCCUACUUCAAAAAARGCUCUUCGGCAACUAUAACUUGGUAAAAAAUGAAAGCGACGACGAAGACGAAAAGGAUUUUGCUUUCGCAGAAGAAGAAGAGGAUAAAACGAAGACAUCGUACUUGCAGACAUUCUGGAACAUAUUCAACGCGAAUCAGGGAGUCGCCAUACUCGCCAUGCCAUAUGUCAUCAAAAGCGGUGGMUACGCUUCCAUUUUCAGCAUCAUAGCCGUUGCUUUUAUCUCAAACUUCUCGAAUAAACGCCUCGUGGAAUGUUUAUACGAGUACACAGAAAAGGGYGAAAAGUACCGAGUUCGAAAUAGCUAUGUAGAAAUCGGGGAAGCGUUCGCCCCGCGCUACGGGCACCAUCUGGUWAACGCKGCUCAAAUAUUUGAGCAGGUUUCGUACUGUACACUUUUGUUGAUUUUAUGUGGGUCUAUUCUUGCGUCCACCUUYCCAACGACGAGCUUGUCUCAAAGUGACUGGACGGCACUGGCAGCUAUAGCAUUACUACCCAACGUACUCCUWAAAUCUCUAUCAGAUGUUUCUUGGGUUAGUUUCAUUACAGUUAUCAUCGGUGAAUCGAUAUAUUURAUGGUAUUCGUCUACAGCUUCUGCCAUCAUCAAAGAUGGGACAUGGCGUCAAUGCCUACAUUUGCUCUGAAGGARUUUGGUGCAGCGGUAGGGAUAGUGGUUGUUAGCUACUCAUCCCAGCCCUACAUGCCUGCCAUAGAAGGAAGCAUGCAGCAUCCAUCAAAGUUCAACAGUGUCAUGGAUUUGACGUACAUUGUAGUGACAUUCGUCAAAGUGUUCUUUGGUUUCAUUGGUUUUCUCACAUUCACGAACAAUACUGAUCAAGUCAUCACGAAUAAUCUACCCGAAGGACCGCUCCAYAUUACCGUCAAUCUUCUAGUUUUAUUCCUUGCCAUAACAUCGUACACAAUUCCAGUUUACACGGUAUUCGACAUCCUGGAAAAUAUCUCAUUCCCGUGCGGCCAGAUCGAUAAUCCCAGCGAUGCCAAGGGRAAGGACAAGCUCUCUUAUUUACAAGCUUUGGUUGCAAGACUGUGUAUCAUUUCAUUUACACUCUUAGUGGGUGUUCUUAUUCCACACUUUGGGUUAUACAUGGCUUUGGUGGGGAGUUUUACAGGAAUGUGCCUAGCUUUUAUUUUCCCUGCUUUAUUCCACAUGAAGAUCUGCUACUCGAGGAUGGCUUGGUACGACUUUUUUAUUGAUUCUUUUGUUGCUAUUUUUGGCAUCGUUGGGGCGAUUAUCGGAUGCCAUUUCUCAGUACUGGCUUUAAUAGCUGUUUAUCAAAAACACGAACUAUGAAAAUACCACUGAAUCGUAUUAAUUUUAAMAUGUGGGAAAUCGGUCAGAUAUGGCUCACAGGGCUCCAAUAUUUUUAGAUUCGAUUGAAUAGGAAAUUUAUCGCGCCGUACMGUGUAUUAAAUGACAUAUCGCUGUGAUAUCUAUAAUUGAGGAAAGUUUAAUUUCAGCUUCGUGUGUCCUUGUGUGGUCUGAGUUUAUUCCUCUAACAAAAUGCAUUCAUGCAGUCGUAUGGCGCAGUAUGYUUCCACUCACAUAAAACCCACGCACUCAAAAGAAAAUUACUUAUCCUGGACAUGUCGAAUAGAACURAAAUCAUACUUAAAACCAGGAAAAAAAAACACACAAUAAUCACCAGGAAAAAAACACAAUAAUCAAGAUAUUUGGUACAUUUUCCGGCACUCUUUUUUCAUGGGAAAGCAGGGUAGAUAGUUCGUAUUAAGGAAA